CACUUUACAAAGCCCCAAUGCCGAACUAAGCAGAGGAAGUCCCGAAGAAAGAAGAUUAGCGUAGAAAUGAGGUCAAAGAAAGCUCCGGUGGCAUUUAGGGCGGCGGGGCAGCGCUCACUGCCUUCAUUAUUCUCGUCUUGCUCAAAAACGCCGGCCAAUGUUGCAGAAGAAAAUCCAGAUAAAGGCUACACUGUGCCGCUUUCAGACUCUUCAGAGAAACAGCUGCGCCGGACUUCUGCAAAAUCCACCACAGUAAAGGAAAGGUUAAGGCCCUUCUCAUCUGUAUUUGGGUCACGAGAUUCAAGUGAGGCCGUUGACGAGCAAGUUGGGGCAAAGAAAGGAGGGGAAGCAGAGAAGAACCAUGUUGCUGCUUUAGUGGCUCUCGAACUUUUCAACCAUACUGAUCUAGGAAAAGGACAUUCUGUAGGUCCAUCCACUGCUGGUGAAGUUGAAAGUUCUAAUGAAGAUGUAGUUCAAGAAUCGAGAAAAAGGAGAAACCCUUUCGAUGGUGGUGGUUACAAACCCAUUGUAAGAAAGAAUUUCACAGUGCUGGGAGGUGAUCCAACGCCAAAACCGAACCAGAAAAGGAUAAGGAACGAGAGAUUGAUCAUAGGCAAGGAGAAACCAGGGCCCUGCUUAUAAUCACUAUGCAAGCGGGCGUGGGUGGUGGGACUGUGACCGGGAGGGGAUUGACAACGAAGAAGUAGGACUGAAUGAGGUGUGGGAAGGAGUCGGAUCUACCACAUUGGGAGGAAUAGAGUGGCAUUAAUCUUGAGAUUCUUGACUUGAUGCUACGAAUAUUACUUAUUUAGUAGAUGACCAGAUGUCCUUGUUGUAUAAUUUAAGAUAUAUCAUUAAGAAUUGAAGAUGUCAUGUUUA